AUGCUUUCCAAGGAAAAAACAAUUGCAGAUGUUCCAAGUUGGGCUAAUAUUUUAGAUGAUGUUUUGAGACGCAUUGCAAGCUUGGCCGGUUCCCCUCGGCAUCAUAUUCGUAUGACCGCAGUCUGUCGUUCUUGGCGAGCUUCCCUCGCGGAUCAAAAAAUUAAUUUCCCUGCAAUUUGUUUAAUGCUACAAGAGGAUGACACCAGUGACAAUCAUAGUUUUUAUAGUAUGUUGGAAGAAAUCUUCGAUGAGCUCGAUUUACCUGAGUUACGAGAAUGGCGAUGUUGGGGAAGUCCUUUUGGUUGGUUGGUAACACAUGAUCUCAAUUUCGAAAUUCGCUUGUUUAAUCCAUUCUCAAGAGCUAGCUUGCCCCUUCCUAAAAGUAGCUGGUGUAUAGAAAAACUAAUAUUAUCUAUAAAUCCCAAAGAGUCGAACUCUAAUUGUAUAGUUUUUGCAAUUUAUUGGGGUUUUCUCGAUCGUGGACGCAUUGGUUUUGCAAAGCCCGGUGAUCUAGCAUGGCGUACUCUGAUUUACGAUGAUGAUGAUGAUGGUGGUGGUUUUUUGUGGGAUGACGCCAUUUAUUUCAAGUGUAAUUUCUAUGGUUGUUUAAAUAGUGGUGAGAUUUUUUUAUUUGAAGACUUAAAUGGAGCUCAUCCAAAAUCUGUGAAAUUUGCCUCACGGCCUCCAAAUUUUCAUGGUGGUCGGACCUGUUAUCUAUUUGAUUUAGAUGGAAAUCUCUGUAUGACAUGUCGCGAUCCAUUUGAUGUCGAUGACGGUAACGAUGAUGAUGAAGACAUUGGUUAUACAAUUAAAUUUGUGAUUUUCAAACUAGACAUGGACACUAAGAGUUGGGAGAAGAUUUAUUCAUUGGGGGAUAGGUCUUUGUUCUUGGGAAAUUGUUGCACCUUCACUGUUGCCGCCGCUGAUUACCCUGGUUGCAAGCCUAAUUGCAUUUACUCCACGGACACAUCUAUUGACGUUGCAGACAUCGGCAUCUAUGAUGUAGAAAAAAAUAGGGACAAAGAUAUUGGUCUGGAGCCUUUCCCCAAGUCAAAAACAGUGGAACAGCUCCUUUCUUUUGCUCCUCCGGUUUGGAUCAUUCCAUACCCUCCUCUUUAA